CAAACGCACAAUCAUUGUGUACUUCCGGUCAAACCUAUCGCUUAUCGUUUCACGACGCCGAUACUUUCUCAUAUCGUGAAAAACCGCUCGUAAAACUAAGCGAAAGAAUUCAAUUAUCCGUCAUUACGAGAUAUAUCGAUACAAAUUGAAUCCACGAAGCUCGGCGGAGAAUCGUCAAGAAUAAAAAUACACCAAGCUUCUCCUACCGACCGGAAGUCCCUGGCUCGUGUGUGCGUUUGUCACACCGACACAGCGUAUACGUCACAGUGCGAUUAUUCGAUAACUGAAAAAUAAUGGCGACUGCCGUACCCUCACGAUUUGCCGUGCUGAGCAUUGACGACGACGAUUUCAAGCCGAAAAAAGUGCAAAAACCAUCUAGCACCGGAAAAUCUAAUCCCAAAGGCAGCAAAAAUGACAAACAAAAGCAACAGCCUAAAAAGGACGAAAAAAAGAAAACGAAUAAGAAUAAGAAGAAGAAAGGUAAUAACGAGACUCAACAGUGGGAACAAUGGAAACAAAAAGACUCAAUGGCGAUAGAAGAGACCUAUGAACAAGAACUGCACCAGGCGAUAUUGCUGUCAAAACUGGCUUACGAAGCUCAAGGUGAAAAUGGCAGAGCGUCCAAAGAUCAGGACGAUACUAAAAAGGCCCAAAGCAACAAAAAGUCUAAAAAGGCAACAAUGUCACUGGAAGAAUUCAACAAUUUAGGUGCUAGUGCCUCCGUCACAGAAGCAAAUACAGUUACGAGUAUUGAGAAUAAAGAUUCCAAAACAAAAGUAUCAGACACAGAAUUUUUCGAUCGAGUUGAAAGAGAAACAAAAAACGAGAUUACAAAAAGCAAAGAGAAAGAUAUUCUCAAGUCGAGAUUUAAUCAACUUGACGACGACAUAACGUCUGCUCAACUCAAGGUCGAAGUCGAAAAACGUGACGAUCAAAUCACUCAGUUAAGGCUCGAAGUUGAAUCUCUCAAGGACGAGUUAACCCAGGUCAAGAAUAGGAAUCGAAAGCUUUAUCAAAUUCUAUCACAUGGAGAGAUGAAGGACAAAGCAUCCGUUCUCGCGGAAGUUACAAAACUGCAAGAAAUACGGGAGGAGUUGACCCUCGAAGUGACGUCUCUGCACGCUCAAUUGGAACAGGAAAGAUCAAAAACGAGAGCAUCGAGCACGGACGCUAAAACUACAAAACAAAACAACAAGAAAAGACCAGCCACGGAAAAUGCCUAAGAAAAUGUUGCACUCGUGGCUUUUGGAGAAAAAGCAACAAGAAAAAAGCACGAUCUCACCAAGUUUUUUAUAUGCGAAUGAUUACCGGCAACUCGAAUGGCAACGGGCGUCAAGAUACGUGCUCGUUAGAAAAGUUAGAGGGCAUAAAAGGCGGUAAAACUCCAACAUUCAUGAAAAAGACUUUAUCUAUUAAGUUUGAAUGAUUUUUGAAAUGAUCGUACGUUUCGAUCGAUAUUUUUUUUCUUUCAUUUUUCCCCUUCGAAGUGGCAUUUUUACUUUUAACAUUUCUUAAUACAACAUUGUUAUUUUUCCAUUCUUCCAUACUCCGUAAAUUGAAAAGAUAGAAAAAACAAAUCAAUUUACACAAAUGGAGUUAUAAAGGUUAAGUAUCUUUAGCGAUUCCUGAGCGUGGCUUGAGGAUAAUUACGAAUAUUUUUGAAUAAACAGAGCGGUCCAUGGCACCAGUGAA